GUUUCAUAUUUUAAAAACACGCUAGAGAGGAUCUAUGCAUCUUAUUACAAAAUUUCGAUUGACAAGAUACAUGUCAGUGCAUAGAUUAAUCAUCAUUUUUGCUAUUGUCAAUACAUUCAUCUUAUUAUGGAUGAUAUAUGAGUAUAGUGUUUAUAACAGUUGGAGAGAAAUACUUCAAAUUGAUGAUAAUCACUUGGAUGGUAUGGAGUUGACAUCUUUAAUCAGGUCAAAAGAUCUGCGUGUUUACAUUGUAGAAGAACAUCAUGAAGUUAUCCCAUAUUGGUUUGAUGCUGCUAAAUCAUUUGGAGAUAAAAAAGCUGUUCUGGUUCAUAUUGAUGCUCAUAGUGAUAUGGAUUAUCCAGAAUUAGUUGAUGGCUUUCCAAUUGGUCAUUUUCCACGUUCACGCGAUGAAAUUGAAACACUGAUGCAAGCAAAUGAUGAAUUUAUUCAGGGCACUCUCAUCAAUCUGAGUCUUCUAGCAUAUGUAAAGUCAAAUGAUGAAAUGUAUCGUUCAUAUGGAUUAUUUAUGCUUGUGCCUCCAAUUUUACGUUUGGUUCAUGAUCCUCCACCAAUCCCUCCAACCAACUCUUCUGGUCGAUAUACAUGUACAAGUAGUCUGUGUACAACACCAAUUCCCGAGGAACAUUCAAAUUCAAAUUGGACAAAUGCUUGUGAAAUUCUUGUCGCUUAUCCAUUAGUAAAAUCUAAAAAUUUAAUCUGGGCAUGGACACAACCACAAUGGGCUGCAUAUAUCAUUCGAAAAGUUGAAGAAGUUGGCAAAGCAAAUGUUCUAUCAGAUUUUUCAAUGUUAAACGAUAAUGAAAUAGGCAGUUAUGGACCAUGGGAGGUAUUAGAACGUCGACGUAGAUCAACAAGUACUGAUUCUGAUAUGGAGAAACCGGAUCUUGUUAAAUCUGGUCCUAUACUAUUUUGGUGUUGGGCUAAUAAUGAUGUUGGACAAACAACUAUAUGGUGGCCUGGACCAGUUGACAGUUACAGCUAUUCAAUUUGGUCGUCUGUUUGGUGGCCAUUACUUGGUGUUACACUUGAACUGUUAAGUUUAGCUGUAGUCUUUAUCUUCUUUCGUUAUUGUCGUCGACAAAGAUUACGUUAUGGAGUUGGUAAUACACCAGAAACUGGUGGUUCUUUUGGUCGUUCACGUCUACUUGACACUGAUGCUGAUGCGGAUCAAGUUGAAAUGAAAGCCACGAACACUUCAUCGUCAUCUUCAACAUCUGUUAUCGGUUUACAUACACAUGGACCUAUUCCAUAUAUACGUUUAUCAAAUCAAAAUAAACAUUCGAAUAAUAGUAAUAAUAAUAAUAUUAAUGGUAAUAAUAAUAACAAUAGUUUUCUAACUAAAAUCACUGGCAUAAAUCAUUCUUCAACGGAUGGCUAUAUGAAUCCAAAUUUAAUACAAGAUCCAGUAGAUGCAGAAGUUGAAGCUAUGGCCAAUGUACAAAAUCUACAGAAUGAACGUGAAUUAAUCGAUGAUGAUUAUUUUUGGGAUUCAGAUACUGGUGGUAACAAUGUGGAUGAUAAUACUACAACAAAGGCAAGAAAUAAUCAUCAAACAGUUGCGUAA